AAGGGGUGUGAGCGGUAGUAAAACGCCAUACCCUCACAUGCAGCUGAAGGACUAAUGUUUUAACUUGUUUAUCACGUUUCUUUGUAUUGUUUUUUAAGGAACGCAGAAAAUGCAGGCUGCUUUUGAUAUCACCACUAAAUAUUGCCAGAAAGAAAUGGAGGCGUACGGGUCCUGUGUAGCUUCAAAUCCAUCGUCCUGGCAGCAAACUUGUCAUGAUCUGAAGAUGAAGGUUGCACAUUGCACUUCCUCACACCCAGUCAUCCAGAAGAUUAGACAAGGAUGCUCUAAGGAGUUUGUAGACUUUGAGAAGUGCCUCAGAGAAAACCAGGACCGACCUACCUCUUGUUCCCCUCAUGUGGCCCGGUUUCUUGCAUGUGCAGAGACAGUGGAUCUCAGUCAAGUGGAUACAAGUGCAGUACCCCAGGCGUCAUAGUAAAAAAAAAUCAGCAUAUUUUGGCCAACAUUUUUCAUCUUUUUUAUCAUGGAAGGAAGCAAGGACAUUUUCAUGACUUUCAAAUUACUUUUUGUAUAGUAUUUAUUGUCAGUGCUAACAGCAAAAUAAUAAAUGACAAGCUGAAUUUGUUAACUAGUUGGUUAAUUAUCUGUAUUAAAUGGGCACUAUGUAACUUUC